ACCCACUCAACCUCGCAGUUUUUGCUUCUUUAACCUCCCAUGGCGAAGUUCUAAAAGCAGAGAGACCUUUCCUCCUCCUUCGAUUUCGAGGAGACCUUCCCGUUCCUCCAAAUGGGUUACGUUCAGGAGGCGCGCGAAAACCACGUCAAGAAGAAAGUCGAGGAAGCCUUACGCAGCAAGAUGAAGCAGAAGGCUCUGAAAGAAUGCGAUUAUUAUGCUUCGAGGUAUGCGGAGUGCGCCACCGGAAGAACCUUCUCAGUGGUCUGGCAGUGCCGCAACCAAGCGAAAGAAUUGAACGAUUGCCUUCAUCACUACACAAAUGAUGCUGUCUUGGAAGAGAUGAAAAGAGAGUAUGCACAAAACCAAGAAGGGAAAGGCCCAGCCAAACCUUAAGUGUACCCACAGAUUUUGCCUUCAGUCUGCUCGUGUAUAUGGGAACAAGAAGUUGUAUGUUCAUGCCAUCUACAGAUGAACUUUUGGGUUUCCAUUGGAAGAUUUUCACAGCAAUAUGUAGUCCAGACUUUGGCGAAGUAGAGCAUCCCGUUGCAGCUCACCUGACCCAUGGAACAGAGAGAGCAUGUGCAAACCAGCUUUAGCCUCAAACUUUAAUCAGGUGAAACCUGAAAAUAAUUAUUGCCCCAAAUUCGUACUUUGUAUCGUGAGGACUUGUGUUUUCUUUUGUCCUUCCCCGCUUUGCUUCCAUUACUUUUGAGGCUGAGUUGCUGCUGCACAGAACAGGAUCUACCGUUCACUGAAUGAUGUACUGCGUAGAGCUAUGUAGCGAUUUUUGGCUAAAUAAUCAUUGAUAAAUCUGCAUGAUUGUGUAAA